CCAGACCGGGCUCAAAGUUCAAUUCGGUCUCGCGCGGACUUGGCUUUUCCAAAUAUGUCCGGACUCUGGACAAAAACUUAAUCGUCUCGGCCCAGAUCAGUUGCAGGCCUGUUUCAAAUUAAAGCCUUCAAUCUUCGACCUGCGUUCCAAAGCUACAACCGGAGUCUUCAGCUUCCGAUCGUCGUUCCAAAAGCUACGACCGGAGUCUUCAAUCCCGAGUGUUGAAGAUUUCUAGUACUGUUAUACAUAGGUUAAGAAGCAGCACAAACAUGUUUUUUUCGGAAGAAGAGACGACGAGGCUAUAUACAGUUCACAAGAAUUCAUUGAAAAUGUUGCGAGAUAGGGGCUAUGAGGUUGAAGAUUCUGAGAUUCAGCUGACUAGAGCAAAUUUUAUUGCUAAGUAUGGUGAGCAUGUGAAGAGAGAGGACCUUGAAGUGCAAAAGGCAAUGCAAAACAACAGCUCUGAUAAGAUAAUUGUUUUCUAUCCCAAUAAUAACAAGAUUGGCGUUCAAAAUAUAAGAAGCUAUAUUGCUCGCAUGAGGACGGAGAGCUUUAAGAGGGCAAUCUUGAUUCUCCAAAAGAAACUGGCUUCCCAAGCUCGUGAUUGCAUUAAUGAAAUAUCUUCGUUGUGCCUCAUAGAGGUCUUUUUGGAGGCUGAACUGUUGUUCAACAUAAAGGAGCAUGACCUUGUUCCUCCGCACCAGCUGCUUACAACUGCGGAAAAGAAGCAAUUGCUGGCAAAAUACACGGUGUCAGAAUCACAGCUUCCACGGAUUUUUGUGACGGAUCCUGUUGCCAAAUAUUAUGGGCUGAGGCGCGGCCAAGUUGUGAAGAUCACCCGGAAAAGUGAAACGGCUGGCGACUACGCUACCUAUCGGUAUGUUGUUUAGACUUGGUUCUCCAUUCCAAUAUGGAGAUGACAAUAUUAAUAGGCAGUAUGUUCCAAAGGACAGAACAGUAUACCUUAGCUUCUAACACCCACCCCCCCCCGUUAGAUAUGUAUGCACUUGCUAUGAAGGAGUUAACAUUAUUGACACAGUUAUGUUGACACGACACCGGUUGACACUGCUUAUUUGGGACACCCAUGGUGUUUCUUUCAAAAAAAUUAAUGGUUCAUAUCUCCUACCUCCCUAAACCUUGCCCCCCAUAAUGUUUCUGGUUGCCAAACAGUGAACGGAUCACUGUAGGCACCCCAAAUGAGAAGUGUCCACCGGUGUCACCAUAAGGGAAGUGUCAACUGCUCCUUUUCGUCUUUGAGGUUGGUUUCGUUUACCCCGCCCUGGUUAACACUACAACGCCACAACGUUUUUGGAGCAGCUACAGUAUUUUGCUCGCAAAAUUGAUAAUUUUUACCUAUGGUCAAAUAUUGUUUUUUACGAAGUAUUUAUUUUUGUUAUUAAUUUGAUAAAGUAAUAUAGUAAUGUCAUCAUCUNUCCUACCUCCCUAAACCUUGCCCCCCAUAAUGUUUCUGGUUGCCAAACAGUGAACGGAUCACUGUAGGCACCCCAAAUGAGAAGUGUCCACCGGUGUCACCAUAAGGGAAGUGUCAACUGCUCCUUUUCGUCUUUGAGGUUGGUUUCGUUUACCCCGCCCUGGUUAACACUACAACGCCACAACGUUUUUGGAGCAGCUACAGUAUUUUG